AUGGAGGUCAACAAGUCGGUUGACGUGGAUAGCCACUCAGCCACGAAAUCUCAGGAUGAAGCUCCUACCCUGGUGGUCGACUGGACCGUUGAGGAAGAGUCAAAAGCCAAGCGAAAGCUGGACCUUAUAAUUAUGCCUAUUCUGACGUUGGGUUUCUUUUGCUUGCAGUUGGAUCGAGGAAAUAUGGCCAACGCCAUUACGGACAAUUUCAUGCAAGAUGUGGGCGUUGAUCAGGAUCAGUUCAACGUCGGCCAGCAGAUGUUGUCGCUAGGCAUUGUUUUGACCGAGAUUCCCUCCAAUAUGAUUCUCUAUCGCGUUGGGCCAGGCAAGUGGCUUACUCUUCAGCUGUUCCUCUUUGGCAUUGUCAGUACGUUCCAGUCAUUCCAGCGUGGCUACGCGGCACUCAUUGUCACGCGCUUCAUCUUGGGUAUCACCGAAUCUGGCUUCAUUCCUGGUGGUCUUUGGACUCUUUCCACAUGGUAUACGCGAUCCGAAACUGCGAAGCGUGUAAUGGUUUUCUACUUUGGCAAUCAAAUUGGCCAAGCCUCCGCGAAGUUGCUGGCCUAUGGAAUUCUACACAUGCGUGGUGUUGGCGGCCAGCCGGGCUGGUUUUGGUUGUUUACCCUCAUGGGUGCUUUUACGAUCCUCGGGGGCUUCGUUUUCGGCUUCUGCCUACCCGACUCAUUUCAGAACCCGCACAGUACUUUUUUGCCCAAGUUCAGCUGGUUCACGCCACGGGAACUGCACAUUCUCCAGACGCGUGUCCUGCUUGACGACCCUAUGAAAGGGAAGAAGAAGAGGCGAAUUGGCGCAGCCGCGUUCAGUAAAGUUUUCACCGACUGGCGCAUUUGGGCACACUUCCUUAUCACUCUGUGUAACAACGGCCCGCAGCGCGCAUUUGACACUUACGCUCCGACACUUGUUUCUGGCUUUGGAUUCGGUAACCUUGUCAGCAAUGCCAUGGCUGCAGUUGGUCUCUUCAUACAAGUCCCAGUGUCAUUUGGUUUCAGCUGGUUCUCGGAUCAUUUUAACCGACGAGGUGAAACCGUUAUGGUUGGACUCUUUUGCCACCUUCUGGGUUACAUCUUCAACCGUGUCUUCACUGACGUCCCGCUUCGUGGCGUACGCUAUUUUGGCGUCGUUUGGACGCAAGUCUUUGGCACAUUCUCACACCCCCUCAACAUCGCAUGGUUGUCACUCGCCUGUGAUGACUCUGAGCAGAGAGCUUUGGCCAUGGCUGGCGUCAUCAUGGGUGCCAAUAUCGCCGGAAUUUACGGGGCACAAAUCUUCCGAUCGGACGACAGGCCGCUUUACCGACGUGGAUUCAGUGUAGCCAUUGCUGUGCUCUGCGUUGGGCUUACUCUUUCAAUUGGCCGAUGGAUUGAUGAUGUGCUGAGACGCCGAAGAAAGCAGAGGCAGCUCGCGCCGACACCAAGUGAUCAAGGCUCUAUUCGUGUUUCUGACUCCAAGGAUCGACCGACCAACGAGCUUUCCAACGCUGUGACUGAUACUCUAGGAAGGGCCGACCAAAUUGCGAAAUAG